UUUAUAUUUCCUGGGGUCGCAAGUUUCCGCUUGCAGAGGAGAAAUCAAAUAACAUAGCGACAACACAAUCAUUUAGUAUCGUUGCUAGCAACACAUAAAGUAGACAGUAAUUACAUUGGAGAAAAUACAGAAUCAUUAGAAGUGUUGAAGUAGCUAAUCUAACGAAUAGAAUAAAUAACACUUAGUUCCUCCAAUGUAUAGACGUUACUAUUGCUUUUCUGUGCUAAUCUACCAAAUGGAAUAAAUAAAGGAUACUCCUACCACUGCAAAAUCUAUGAUCGUGGCUAAAGAGUGAAUGAAUAGUUUAAUGUGUGUUUUGUCAUAGGGAUUUCAGGAUAUCAACUAAAUGGUAAUGCAUUGAAGAACUAGGAGGACAAUUUUAAGAAAUGAAAUGAUAUUGGACUUUUCACUUCACUUUGGAUUAAUUGGAUUCAUGUCUUUAGCAGUUUCAGUGGCUGGAUUGAAGUGUUUUAACUGUGAAAACCACGUUAACCCUGCCUGUGGGGUUUAUUUCAAGGCAUAUCAGUUCAAAGCCGAUCAAUGUCCGGGAACAGAUGUAAAAUGUGCCUUGCAACGACAAACUGACAAAGACGGAUGGAUAGGAAUUGUCCGUGUAUGUUAUCAGCAUGGAUCUUUGCCAGGAAUAAAUGAAACUAAUGGAUGCAAAAAUUGGACUAAUGAUAUGAUGGGAUAUACAGCCUAUUACUGUUUUUGUGAUACAGAUUAUUGCAAUUCUUCAUUAAUCAACUCAGGUUUAGUAAAAGUUGUCAUGGUUUUAAUGUUGAUGAUAUGGAUAGUCAGCUAACUGCCAAACGCAUAGGGUAUUUGAUAGUUACAUCUUGGAAAUGCCUUUUUCUCCGGAAUACUUAUUGAACGUUAGUCUCUAAAUACCUAGUAAUCUAUCUAGAACAAUACAUUAUACCAAAAACGACACUUUCUGAAAUACUGUCAGAUUUUUUCGUGACCUCAUCUUGGUAUGAAUGUUGCACAAAUUGAUCACUCAUAUGUUUAAACAUGAAUUGUUAUCUUUUGAUAAUUGAAAUUGUCAAUGAAUGGAAAUCUGUCAUGUUUUAAUCUUAUCUGUCUCAUAUGUAACGUAUUCUAUAUAAAAAAAGGGUAUACAAGAGGGAUAAAGAAUUUAUUACUUUUGACAUUUUAUUUAUUCAUUUCGAUUGACGUAUGAACAUUAUAUUGUGUCUUAUACUGUCACUUGCUUACCUCGGAUGAUCGACACACACCAAAUGCUGAUCAUUGUAAUGGUUUUACUUUUUUUUUUACUACAAUAAAGCUGACACGUAUUCUACA